GUACUCUAGCAGCCAGCUGAUUUUGACGAAAUCGAAGAACGAGUCGUCGCUUAAACAACAAAAUGCUGUCACAACGCAUUGUCGUAUCAGUUCCAAAGCUUCUGAAGCGAAACUUCGGAGUUGCUGCUCCGGCUCUGCAGAAGGCUUCCGACCCGAUCCAGCAAUUGUUCCUUGACAAAAUCAGGGAAUACAAAAGCAAAAGCUCUGGAGGAAAACUUGAAAAGUCCCCUGAAAUCCUCAAGGAAAUCAAGUCAGAGCACGAAAAGUUAGCUAAACAGUAUGGCGGUGGUGAAGGAGUCGACAUGACUUCAUUCCCCAAAUUCUCUUUCCCAGAACCCAAAGUUGAAAUAUCUCACACCCAAGAAAAACAAUAAAUACCAUUACGUGUAAUUCUUACAAAGGUAUAGAAUAAAAAUUAAUUGUUAAGGUUAAAAGUGAUUGAUUUUAAUCUAUUUUUUAUCCUACAUUCCUAAUUUAUAUAAUUUAUACAAAAAUAAUUAACUUAUCAACGAAUUAUAUAGUUAUUUUACAUUUGUCAGCAUGAAUUGAACACUCUCAGCUAAAAUAGGCAUCUGACACUUUGUAGAUAUCAUUCGGAAUAUCUUUAAUGUCCUUACAAAUUUGUCUCUUGGUAAUAAAGUUUUGAAGAAGCCUGAACACGAACAACGAGCGGCUAUAUUAUCUUGUUUAACUUCGGAACAUUUCAAACACUGUACAUCUUGAAUAAUAUAGGCCAUACUUUUUCGAUUUAAAGUAUCUAGGAGAGAAAACUCUAUCUGAUUAUUGUCGUAUACCAAUUCGCAGUUAGGGCAUUUCCAGACAUGUCUGUAAGAGAAAUCACAUCAAUAUUAAACUUUUAGUAAAUAAAUUGAUA